GGCUGAGUCCAAGUGGCGCCUGCCCAAAGGCUGCGCGUUCAAAGGGCUUCGGGAGGCGUCGGAGCUGCUGCGCGAGGAGCCCCGAGAUCCGUCUCCUUGCGCCUCCGGAUCCCCAGGAAGCGAACGAUGCCGCACUCGGCGGAGGCGGAGGAGACGGAGGAGAGCGGCCGAGGCUUCUUCUCUCAACGAGUUUGACCGCAGGUGCCAAAGCUGGGCUCGCCGGAGCAUAAAGAUGCUGAAGGGUGUUUGGCUGCUCAGUGUGUUCACAGUGGCUGGGAUCGCGCCCACGACGGAGAGCCGCAAACCUGCCAAAGACAUUUGCAGCAAGAGCCGCUGCCCUUGCGAGGAGAAAGAGAACGUGCUGAAUAUUAAUUGCGAAAACAAGGGAUUUACAACCGUCAGCCUCCUCCUGCCUCCGCCGUCCAAGAUCUACCAGCUCUUCCUCAAUGGCAACGCCUUCGUCCGGCUCUACCCCAACGAGUUCGUCAACUACUCCAACGCGGUGACCCUCCACCUGGGCAACAACGACAUGCAGGAGAUUCGAACCGGGGCCUUCGUUGGCCUCCGGACUCUCAAGAGGUUGCACCUCAACAACAAUAAGUUGGAAAUCCUUCGGGAGGACACUUUCCUGGGUCUGGAGAGCCUCGAGUACCUCCAGGCUGAUUACAACUACAUCAGCGCCAUUGAGGCAGGAGCUUUCAGCAAGCUCAACAAGCUGAAAGUGUUGAUCCUCAAUGAUAACCUCCUGCUGUCCCUGCCGAGCAACGUGUUCCGCUUUGUCCUGCUCACUCACCUGGAUCUCAGAGGGAACAGGCUCAAGAUGAUGCCCUUUGCCGGUGUCCUGGAACACAUCGGGGGCAUCAUGGAGAUCCAGCUGGAGGAGAAUCCCUGGAACUGUACCUGUGACCUCCUACCGCUCAAAGCCUGGCUAGAUACCAUCACCGUCUUCGUUGGGGAGAUUGUCUGCGAGACACCGUUCAGACUGCAUGGCAAGGAUGUCACUCAACUCACCAGGCAGGACCUUUGUCCUCGAAAAAGUGCCGGGGACUCGAAGCAUCCAUCCCAUUCGGACACGCACAUCCAGAAAUAUCCUCCAACAGCCAACUCUGCCGUUGGUGCAACCAGGGCUCCCAAAGCCAGCCGCCCACCCAAAACCAGGAACCGCCCCACCCCGCGGGUGACCGUAUCGAAAGACAGGCAGAUUUUUGGACCAAUCAUGGUUUACCAAACCAAGUCCCCUGUGCCACUCACUUGUCCCACCGGUUGUGUCUGCACUUCUCAAGGCUCUGACAACGGGUUGAAUGUCAACUGCCAAGAGAAAAAGAUCGGCAACGUUUCCGAUCUCCACCCCAGGCCCACCAGUCCGAGAAAACUCUACCUAACAAGCAACUAUUUGCAAACCAUCUACAAAACCGAUCUCUUGGAAUACAGCUCAUUGGAUUUGUUGCACUUGGGAAAUAACAGGAUUGCCGUCAUCCAAGAAGGUGCCUUCUCGAACCUCACCGCUUUGCGCCGACUCUAUCUCAACGGCAAUUACCUUGAGGUCCUCUACCCUUCCAUGUUUGAAGGGCUCCACAGCUUGCAGUAUCUGUAUUUAGAGUAUAACGUCAUCAAAGAGAUCCUGCCACGGACCUUUGAUACGCUGGGGAACCUCCACCUCUUGUUUCUGAACAACAACCUGCUGAGGUCCCUCCCGGACAACGUGUUUGCGGGCACGACCCUCACCAGGCUCAACUUGAGGAACAACCAUUUCUCCUUCUUGCCUGUGCGAGGGGUCCUCGACCAGCUUUCAGCCUUGAUCCAGAUCGAUCUUCAAGAAAACCCUUGGGAUUGUACUUGCGACAUUAUGGGGCUGAGGAACUGGAUCGAGCGCGUCACGGAGCAAAACAACAAGCAGUCGGGGACGCCGGUCGUCAUUAACGAAGUCGUCUGCGACUCUCCGUCCAAGCAUGCGGGAGAACAUCUCAAGACCCUGAGCAAGGAAGCCAUCUGCCCCGAAAACCCCAAUAUCUUGGAUUCCUCCUUCUCCGCUCCAGAUCGCAACACAAACACAGACGUGCCCAACGCCAUCAGCGUCCUUCCCAGUUCGUAUCCGGAAUUGCGGACGGAGGUCCCCCUCUCCGUCUUAAUCCUGGGCCUGCUGGUUGUGUUUAUUUUGUCGGUCUGUUUCGGAGCAGGCCUCUUUGUCUUUGUGCUCAAACGCCGCAAGGGCAUGCCGAGCGUGCCUAGCAGCGCCAACAACCUCGACGUAAGUUCCUUCCAGUUGCAGUACGGGUGCUACAACAGCGAGGGGCACGACAAGGCCGAAGGUCAUGUCUAUAACUAUAUCCCACCGCCCGUGGGUCAAAUGUGCCAGAACCCCAUCUAUAUGCAGAAGGAAGGCGACCCGGUUGCUUACUAUAGGAACCUCCAUGAGUAUAGCUAUAGUAACCUCGAGCCUAAGAAAGAGGACUCGGCCAGCCUGGCAUUUACAAUCACGGCGGCCGAAAUGCUCGAGAAGCAGGCCUUUGCCAGGGAGCCGGAGCUGCUCUAUCAGAACAUUGUGGAACGGGUCAAGGAACUGCCCAGCGGAAGCCUGGUCCAUUAUAACUUUUGCACCCUCCCCAAAAGGCAGUUCGCCCCUUCCUACGAGUCCCGGCGGCAGAACCAGGACAGGAUAAACAAGACCGUUUUGUACGGGACUCCGCAGAAGUAUUUUGCGGAACAGUCCAAACCUGACCUUCCUCUGCUCCCGGGAAAGCUACAGACUGAACCAGACUACCUCGAAGUUCUGGAGAAACAAACGGCCAUCAGCCAGCUGUGAAGUGGGUGGGUUUGGGGAUCUUGGGGGAGGGUCCCGCAGGAUGCGUUUCCGGGGGAGAAAAAGCCUUUUUCACAAAAGCAAAACUAACCCAGGUCCGAACUUGACCCGCCAACGCGAUUUGUCAAAUCCUUGAGGGUUUUUUUUCAUCAUUGGAAGCCUACAACAAUCCUUAUAAUGUGCCAGGACUAUGAAGGGUGCUUUCUUUCUUUCUUCGUCUCUUUCUUUCUUCCUUCCUUCCUUCCUUUCUUUCUUUCUUUCUUUCUUUCUUUCUUUCUUUCUUUCUUUCUUUCUUUCUUUCUCCCUUUCCUUCUUUCUUUCUUUAUUUCUUUCUUUCUUUCUUCGUUUCUUUCUUUCUUCAUUUCUUUCUUUCUUUCUCCCUUUCUUUCUUUCUUUCUUUCUUUCUUUCUUUCUUUCUUUCUUUCUUUCUUUCUUUCUUUCUUUCUUUCUUUCUCCCUUUCUGUCUUUCUUUCUUUCUUUCUUUCUUUCUUUCUUUCUUUCUUUCUUUCUUUCUUUCUUUCUUUCUCUCUUUCCUUCCUUCCUUCCUUCCUUCCUUCCUUCCUUCCUUCCUUCCUUCCUUCCUUCCUUCCUUCCUUCCUUCCUUCCUUCCUUCUCUCCUUCUUUCCUUCCUUCCUUCCUUCCUUCCUUCCUUCCUUCCUUCCUUCCUUCCUUCCUUCCUUCCUUCCUUUCUUUCUUUCUUACUCUCUUCUUUCUUUCUUUCUUUCUUUCUUUCUUUCUUUCUUUCUUUCUUUCUUUCUUUUCUCUCUUUCUCUCUUUUUUCUUUCUUUCUCUCUCUCUCUCUCUCUCUCUCUUUCUUUCUUUCUUUCUUUGGGUCCCGUUAAGUUAUUUUGUUCUUGCAUUCCAGCCCUUUUACAUAUUGGGACUGUAAGAAGAGAUUUUUGGUGUUGUCGAAGGCUUUCAUGGCUGGAAUCACUGGGUUACUGUGAGUUUUCCGGGCUGUAUGUCCAUGUCCCAGAAGCAUUCUCUCCUGACGUUUCUCCCACAUCUAUGGCAGGCAUCCCCAGAGACUCUGAGGUCUGUUGGAAACUAGGAAAGUGGGGUUCAUAUAUCUGUGGAGUAACAUUUCCAUUAAUCACCUUGAUUAGUAUUUAAUGGCCUUACAGAUACAAGGCCUGGCUGAUUCCUGUGGAAUGAUGUCCAGGGUGGGAGAAAGAAAGAAUUCUUAUUUGCUUGAGAUAAGUUUGAAUGUUGCAAUUGGACAGCUUGAUUAGCAUUGAAUGGCCUUGCAGCUUCAAAGCUUAGCUGUUUCCUGUCUAGGGGAAUUCUUUGUUGGGAGGUGUUAGCUGGCCCUGAUUGUUUCUUGUCUUUUUCAAAGCAGCCAGGCUUUGAAGCUGUAAGGCUAUUCAAUGCUAAUCAAGCUGUCCAAUUGCGACAUUCAAACUUAUCUCAAGCAGACAAGAGUUCUUUCUCCUGCCCUGGACAUCAUUCCACAGGAAUCAGCCAGGCCUUGAAUCUGUAAGGCCAUUAAUAAUAAUAAUAAUAAUAAUAAUAAUAAUAAUAAUAAUAAUAAUAAUAAUAAACAACUUUAUUUAUACCCCACCAUCAUUUAAAUGCUGAUCAAGGUCAUUAAUGGAAAUGUUACUCCACUGAUAUAUAUAAACCUCACUGGCCUCGUUUCCAACAGACCUCAGCACCUCUGAGGAUGCCUGCCAUAGAUGUGGGUGAAACGUCAGGAGAGAAUGCUUCUGGAAGAUGACCAUACAGACUGCAAAAUUUGCAGCAACCCUGAAUAUUAUUAUUCUUUUGCCUUGGUUUAUUAUCUGGAAGGAAAAGGGCAGUCAAAGGAUGCUAUAAAAAUGAUCUCACCCUCCACGAUAUACAUGCAGAUAUGAACAUUUUUUAAAAAAAGUAAUGUAUUAAAUAGAUGAUAUCUCCAAAUAUUUCCUCCUCUCUUCUUCUGACUUAGGCUAGCAUCCAUCUCCUCCUUGCUCCUUUUUUGUAAAUAAUAUUGUCCAAAAUUGCAGCUCUUUCAAUGACCAAGUUCAGCCACUGGGUGUCACCUUCUUUUUUUGUGUGUGUGUGAGUGUUAAAGUGCCUUUGCACUUUAAGUAUGUUAUUACUUAAUUGUUGCGCUUAGCUUUGAUAAAUUUGAAUCUAUUUUAAUGUAUUGUAUUUCUUUUUUUCUUCUCUGGAAAAUUUAAAAAAGAACAACAGCAGAUGUAAAAUAGAGAUCUAUACGUUGGCUGCAUUCGAUCAAAAGGGCCUACUGCUUAAGUGAUGGCAAAACUAGCUCCGAGACCUUUAUUAUUAUUAUUAUUAUUAUUAUUAUUAUUAUUAUUAUUAUUAUUAUUAUUAUUAUCCAUCCCACCCAGCACCUAGAUUUUGUUUUACACAACCCUUUGUAAUGAACUAAGAAUUUAGAGAUGUGUUGUCGCAGGCUUUCAUGGCCGGAAUCACUGGGUUGCUGUGAGUUUUCUGGGCUGUCUGGCCAUGUUCCAGAAGCAUUCUCUCCUGACGUUUCGCCCACAUCUAUGGCAGGCAUCCUCAGAGGUUGUGAGAUCUGUUGGAAACUAGGCAAGUUGGUUUAAUAUAUCUGUGGACACAGCAUAUGAUUGGUGAACACUGAGAUGCUCGACCACGCUAACAACCACCACGUCAAAAUACACAGAGAAGCAAUUGAAAUCCACAAACAAUUUCAAUAGAAAAUUAACAAAAUAUGGCUAACGGUAUUUAAAAAUUUGUAAAAUUAGGACAGUAAAUAAAGAAAAACACUCAGAAAACAGAGGAAUUCUAGACAGGAAACAAUCAGGGCCAGCUAACACCUCCUAACAAAAGGUUCCCCAGGCAGGAAGCAGCCAGGCUUUGAGGGUGAAAGGCUAAUAAAAUGAUAAUAAAGGUAGCCAAUUGCAAACUUGCCUCAAACUGAUAAAGAGUUCUUUCUCCCACCCUGGACAUUAUUCCAUGAAUAUAUAUACCCCACCAGGCAGGAAUCAGCCAGGCUUUGGAUCUGUAAGGCCAUUAAAUGCUAAUCAAGGUGAUUAAUGGAAACAUUCACACAAGAGAUGUUUUUCCCAUCCUGGACAUCAUUCCACAGCUUCAAAGCCUGGCUGUUUCCUGUUUGGGGGAAUACUUUGUUGGGAGGUGUUAGCUGGCCCUGAUUGUUUCUUGUCUGGAAUUCCAGACAACUCAAAUCAGCCAGGCUUUGAAGCUGCUAGGCUAUUCAAUGCUAAUCAAGCUGGCCAAUUGCAACAUUCACACUUGCCUCGUUUUCAACGGACCUCACAACCUCCGAGGAUGCCUGCCAUAGAUGUGGGCGAAACGUCAGGAGAGAAUGCUUCCGGAACAUAGUCAUACAGCCCAGAAAACCAACAGCAACCCACUUUAGUGAUGGAUCAGGAUGUUCGACUCUCUGGGAUGGGAGUAAAUAGUUCAUCAAUUUUUUUUUCAAGUCAUUUAACAUAUUUCCAAGCAACCUGCUCAGUGGACGGCCCGACUUCAUUUAUGCUGCAGCUCCUAACACCAUUGUAAUGUUCAGUGUUUUCCAGGUUAUUUGCCUAAUUAAGAGGACAUUACUUUACCUGUAAUAUAUUUUUUCUGCAUUAAAAUUAGAUAUUUUUAUACGUUUAA